UAUUCCGGGCUACUCAAUUCCGAUGUUUUAAGUAUUCUUCGGUAUACAAAAGUUCAUCAAAAUGAAUCAGAAUUUUGUUGGACGAUUUUUUGUGAAGGCUUGGAGGUCGCAAAUAUUAUAUUGUGGUCAACAGUUUUUUAAUCCCAAACAACAGGUUACACCAAACUACUUCUGCUUACGCAAUACUAGUUUUUUUAACAAACUUCCUGCUGAAGACAUUUGGCGUGGAGUAACAGCGGUUAGCAAUGCUGGAAAGAAAAGAGGCCGCGGAAAAGGAAGUGGAAAGAAAGUUGCAAAGGAUCUAAACAAAGGACAAACCAUCGGCCUCGGAAAAAGCAGUCGCAUAUGGCCUGGACUAAAUUCACCUGUUAUACGUGGAAAUGAAGUUAUUCACCAGCAGAAGCUUGACAAAAAUUUAGAUAUAGAAAAUGGAGUUAUGAAAAUACGUGAUUCAAUGGGAAAUUUCAGAUUAAUGAAGUUAAAUCCAAUAGAUCGAGGUUGGUCUGGAAGUAAAAUGUCUGGACGAAGUAUUGGGUCGCCUGACCUUGUUGGUGAAGAAGAAUUUAUUUCAUUUGAUACUCGAGUCUUGGAAAACAAAAUUGUUUUUAUUAUGAAAGGAAAUAUGGGAAGAAAACGAAGGUAUUCUGUCUUGUCGGUCACAGGAAAUGGUAAGGGCUUGGCAGGAUUUGCUACUGCUAAAGCGCCAGAAGUUCGAACGGCUCUUCGAAAGUCUAAGAAUCGAGCAGGACAAAAACUAAUCAACAUAAACCUUUGUGAAAACAGGACUAUUUACCAUGAUUUUCGUACAGACUUUGGACAAACCAAAAUUUAUUGUUUUCAAAAACCUUAUGGAUAUGGAUUAGUUUGCCAUCGGUCAAUACAAACAAUUUGUAAAGUUAUAGGUAUAAAAGAUUUGUAUGCCAAAAUUGAGGGGUCAACGAACCUUCAGCACAUUGUAAAGGCAUUUUUUAUUGGUCUAAUGAGUCAAAGGUCUUAUCAAGACAUUGCUAAUAAAACCAAUUUUAACAUUGUUGAACAGCAAAAGACGAGGAAUGGAUACGCAGAAGUAAAAGGAAUCCCGUCUUACAAUUCAACUUCCGUUCAUACCCAAAUUGCUGACUAUAUGCAUUUUACCUUAGGAAAUAAAAUUGUUUUAAAACAAAAAGCUAUCUUACCAUUCUAUGCUUUUACAAAAGGACACGAACUGCACCAAAUUAAAGCAGAGCGUUUUCGAAACCAAGCUGGUGUUCGACUACACAAGCUAGUAAAUUUAUAUGCUUAACUUAUAAAACCCUAAAUAAAGACUUUAUAAAUUGAA